CCCCGCCUCGGGCUCCGCCGCGGCCGCCGGGGGUGCGGGCCCGCCCCAGGAGGGCGCCCAUUGGCCGUGCGCGCCAUCCUUCACCCGGCGCAUUCCGCCGCCCGCAGGCUUGCGGGGAAACUUCCUUAUUAUUGUGACGCCGAAAUCGGAGAAACCCCGAGCCGGGUCGGUGGAGCCGUCACCGUCGGAAUCCCGCGCGGCGGUUCAGCGGCCGCCGAGAUCUGCAGGGUGAGGUGGAACCACUCGGGCUGAAGUACAGAUGCCAAGUGUGUGUGACCUGUGCUCUCUUCUAGGCUACAUGACUCCCUGAAGGACAAGAACGAUGUUAUGUUGGGGAUAUUGGUCUCUGGGCCAACCUGGAAUCGGCACUAACCUGCAGGGGGUCGUGACCGAGCCACAGGUGUGCGGCUUUGUAUCCGACAGAAGCGUCCAGGAAGUGGCCUGCGGAGGAAACCACUCCGUGUUCCUGCUGGAGGAUGGGGAAGUGUACACGUGCGGUGUGAACACCAAGGGGCAGCUGGGCCACGAGAGGGAAGGAAACAAGCCAGAGCAAAUUGGAGCUUUGGCAGAUCAGCAUAUUGUCCACGUGGCGUGUGGCGAGUCCCACAGUCUGGCCCUCAGUGACCGCGGCCAGCUGUUUUCUUGGGGUGCGGGGAGCGAUGGUCAACUAGGACUCAUGACUACUGAGGACUCUGUGGCAGUACCCAGGUUAAUACAGAAGCUGAACCAGCAGACAAUAUUACAAGUUUCCUGUGGCAACUGGCACUGCUUGGCUCUUGCAGCUGAUGGCCAGUUCUUCACGUGGGGGAAGAACAGCCAUGGGCAGCUGGGCCUGGGGAGGGAGUUCCCCUCCCAAGCCAGCCCGCAGAGGGUGAGGUCCCUGGAGGGGAUCCCGCUGGCACAGGUGACGGCAGGAGGGGCCCACAGCUUUGCCCUCUCUCUCUCGGGAGCCGUGUUUGGCUGGGGGAUGAAUAACGCGGGGCAGCUGGGGCUCAGUGAUGAGAAAGAUCGAGAGUCUCCUUGCCAUGUGAAGCUCCUACGAACCCAAAAAGUCGUCUAUAUCAGUUGCGGAGAAGAGCACACAGCAGUUCUCACAAAAAGUGGAGGUGUGUUUACCUUUGGUGCUGGUUCCUGCGGGCAACUUGGACACGAUUCCAUGAAUGAUGAGGUUAAUCCCAGAAGAGUUCUGGAGCUGAUGGGCAGUGAAGUCACUCAGAUUGCCUGUGGCAGACAACACACCCUAGCCUUUGUGCCUUCUUCUGGACUCAUCUAUGCAUUUGGUUGUGGAGCAAGAGGUCAAUUAGGAACUGGACACACUUGUAAUGUCAAGUGCCCAUCUCCCGUGAAAGGUUACUGGGCUGCCCACAGCGGCCAGCUUUCAGCCAGAGCUGAUCGCUUUAAAUAUCAUGUUGUUAAGCAGAUCUUCUCUGGAGGAGACCAGACUUUUGUACUUUGCUCCAAAUAUGAGAGUUCUUCUCCUGCUGUGGACUUCAGGAUGAUGAACCAAGCACAUUACACCAGUUUAAUAAAUGAUGAAACCAUAGCAGUCUGGAGACAAAAACUCUCAGAACACAACAAUGCAAAUACAAUCAAUGGUGUCAUUCAGAUAUUAUCUUCUGCAGCCUGUUGGAAUGGAAGUUUUCUUGAGAAAAAAAUUGAUGAGCAUUUUAAAACAAGUCCCAAAAUCCCUGGGAUUGACCUGAACUCAACUAGAGUGUUAUUUGAGAAGUUAAUGAACUCUCAGCACUCCAUGAUUCUAGAACAGAUCUUAAAUAGCUUUGAAAGUUGCCUGAUUCCUCAGUUGUCAAGUUCACCACCAGAUGUUGAAGCAAUGAGAAUCUACUUAAUACUCCCCGAGUUUCCCCUGCUCCAGGAUUCUAAGUAUUACAUAACAUUGACUAUUCCCCUGGCUAUGGCCAUUCUGCGGCUGGAUACCAACCCCAGCAAAGUCUUAGAUAACUGGUGGUCUCAGGUAUGCCCGAAAUAUUUCACGAAGCUGGUAAACCUCUAUAAAGGUGCAGUCGUUUAUCUACUGAGAGGAAGAAAGACAUUCUUAAUUCCUGUACUGUUUAGCAAUUAUAUUACAGCAGCGCUCAAGCUCUUGGAGAAGUUAUACAAGGUAAAUCUUAAAGUGAAGCAUGUGGAAUAUGAUACAUUUUAUAUCCCUGAGAUUUCCGGCCUUGUGGACAUUCAGGAGGACUACCUCAUGUGGUUCUUACAUCAAGCAGGCAUGAAGGCUAGACCAUCUAUAAUGCAGGAUGCAGUAACACUUUGUUCCUACCCUUUCAUCUUUGAUGCCCAAGCCAAGACCAAAAUGUUACAGACGGAUGCGGAACUGCAGAUGCAGGUGGCGGUCAACGGGGCCAACCUGCAGAACGUCUUCAUGCUUCUCACCUUGGAGCCUCUGCUGGCCAGAAGCCCCUUCCUGGUCCUUCACGUUCGCAGGAGCAACCUUGUUGGAGAUGCCCUGAGAGAGCUGAGCAUUCAUUCUGAUAUUGAUUUGAAAAAGCCUCUCAAAGUCAUUUUUGAUGGUGAAGAAGCAGUGGAUGCUGGUGGUGUCACAAAGGAGUUCUUUCUUUUACUGUUAAAAGAAUUGUUGAAUCCUAUCUAUGGAAUGUUUACCUACUAUCAGGAUUCAAGUCUCUUGUGGUUCUCAGAUGUGUGUUUUGUAGAGCACAACUGGUUUCACUUGAUUGGCAUAACCUGCGGACUCGCCAUCUACAACUCCACCGUGGUGGACCUGCGCUUCCCGCUGGCUCUCUAUAAGAAGCUGCUGAACGUGAAGCCUGGCCUGGAAGACCUGAAGGAGCUGUCACCCACGGAAGGGAGGAGUCUUCAAGAACUUUUAGAUUACCCUGGGGAAGAUAUUGAGGAGACUUUCUGCCUCAACUUCACGAUUUGUCGAGAAAGCUAUGGCGUGAUUGAACAGAAGAAGCUGAUACCUGGGGGAGACAAAGUGGCUGUGUGCAAGGAGAACAGGCGGGAAUUCGUGGAUGCGUACGUGAAUUACGUUUUCCACAUCUCAGUUCAUGAAUGGUACGCAGCUUUCUCCAGCGGCUUCCUAAAGGUGUGUGGUGGCAAAGUGCUUGAGCUCUUCCAGCCUUCAGAACUGAGGGCCAUGAUGGUGGGGAACAGCAGCUACAACUGGGAGGAACUGGAGGAGACUGCCGUCUACAAGGGCGAUUACUCAGCUGCACACCCCACUGUGAAACUAUUUUGGGAAACAUUUCAUGAGUUCCCAUUGGAAAAGAAGAAGAAGUUUCUCUUGUUCCUGACAGGCAGCGAUCGCAUCCCCAUCUACGGCAUGGCCAGCCUGCAGAUUGUCAUCCAGUCCACGGCCAGUGGGGAGGAGUACUUGCCCGUGGCCCACACUUGCUACAACCUUCUUGACCUCCCCAAGUACAGCAGCAAAGAGGUCCUGUGUGCACGGCUGACCCAGGCCCUUGACAACUACGAGGGGUUCAGUUUGGCCUGAGGCUCCCCAGCUUGCCCCAGAUUCCCCUUCCUUCCUCCACGUCCACACUGAGGCCCAUACAGAAAAUCAUGGGGAGUGAGUUCUGGUUUUUUUUUUAAAUUGUAUAAGUGGGUUGGAACUUUUGAAUCCUGAACCCGAUUGAUGCAUUUCUGGGGUGGUAAGCAGUGACCUUUUUGAAAAACCAGGGGUUAGGGAUGGGGUGAAAACUGGCCCUUGUCUGGGAAGCGAUUUUGUUUCUAAACCCAGUUCCCCAUUGUUCCUUCACUUGUGACUAUGUUGUACUCUGCUGGAUAAAAGGGCAGGGGAUUUCUUUUUUUUUUUUUUUUUUUUUUUUUUUUUUUGGCGGUACGUGGGCCUCUCACUGCUGUGGCCUCUCCCGUCGCGGAGCACAGGCUCCGGACGCGCAGGCGCAGUGGCCCUGGCUCACGGGCCCAGCCGCUCCGCGGCACAUGGGAUCCUCCCGGACCGGGGCGCGAACCUGCGUCCCCCGCAUCGGCGGGCGGACCCCCAACCGCUGCGCCCCUGGGGCGGCCCGAGGUAGUGGAUUUUUAAACUCGCAUUCCCCAAAUGUCUCUCUCAGCCCUGAUCUUUCCUCAUGAUGCUUCCUUGUCUUCCUAACUUCUCAUUCCUCUGCAAGAAUGAUUUGACUGACCUGUCCUUUCUCACCUGCACAUGCAAAACAUCUUCUUUCUCUGCAGCCUUGGAAAUGCUCCUGGCUUGUUGCCGUCCAACCCUAAGGACUAAGAAGGAAAGGAUUACUUCAGAAAUUCCCAAGCCCAACAAGCUGAAUCUGGGUCCAUGACUUUGGCGGAACUCUUGCGAAAUUAUGGGAGGCUUUCAUAAACCUGCCUUGCCUAAAAAAACAGUUCUUGAGGGACUGGCCAUCUCCCUGUGGCUCUGCCUAUUCCCGGCCCUCCUCAAAGGGGUGCAGAGCUGCUUAGCUUUGCAGCUGAGCAGAAUUCUGUCUGGUGGCCCCGCCAAGCCCUUUUGACAACAAGAUGAGGUAACAGGCCCUCACCCUCUUGCAUCAUUUUGCUUUUGGAGCAGGUUGCAUUAAUUUUCUAAGGAGUAUUUUCUCCCAGAAAAGUAGAAUAAAUGUCUUAUCCUUUUCC